AUGUCUCCUUUCCCUGCUGCCCGUCUUAUCUCCCUCUUCUUCUUCUGCGCAUCUCUAUGCGUUACCACUGAAAUCUCAACCGUCGAAGCUCAAAUCAACGUAUGGCCCAAGCCCCGCAACAUCUCAUGGCCCCACCCACAAGCCACCAUCCUCUCUCCCACCUUCACAAUAUUCCUCCCUCCGCCCCUAAACAUCCACCCAUACCUAUCUCCGGCCGCCGCUCGCUACCACAGUCUCAUCCUCUCCGAACACUACAACCCAAUCGUAACCCCAUCCAUCAAUCUCACAACCACUAACCUUCCUCUCCAAAUCCUCACCCUCUCCGUCACCGACCCAUCGGCGCCGCUCUACCAUGGCGUCGACGAAUCAUACACUCUCACCAUCCCCACCAUCGGUUCCUCUGCAAAUCUAACGGCGAUAACGGUCUGGGGAGCCAUGAGAGGACUGGAGACAUUCUCCCAACUGGUGUGGGGAAAUCCACCACGAGUGGCGACGGGUUUGGACAUCUGGGAUGCGCCGCUGUUUGGGCAUAGAGGGGUUUUGCUUGAUACGGCGAGGAAUUACUAUGGAGUGGGAGAUAUAAUGAGGACUAUACAAGCGAUGAGCUACAAUAAGCUUAAUGUCUUCCACUGGCACAUCACCGAUUCGCAAUCCUUUCCAUUGGUGUUGCCUUUGGAACCAGAGCUCGCAGGGAAAGGGUCUUAUGGUCCCGGAAUGCAGUAUUCGCCGGAGUAUGUGAAGAUGAUCGUUGAGUUUGGGUUGCAGAAUGGUGUUAGGGUUAUGCCAGAGAUCGACGCACCAGGUUAG